UCUGCAUUACCAGAAGACACGUGUUCUCAGAGCACACAAAGAGUCCCUGUGUGACCACCGGCGCCGUGUCGCCGUCAGACCGCGCGCGUCGUGGUCGUGGCCAGAAGCAACGUCACUCGCCUCCGGCUCGCGUCGGAGCAGCACGGCCCGCCAUCCGCUCCGGAGCUCUGCGCAGCAGGAAGACGGCUCCGCAGCUCAGUGUCUAAGUAACACCCGGGGACCACAAGGCUUGAGCAAACACAGGAUGGUGAUGACCAGUGUGGCAUCCCUCAGAAGGACAUCACUGGACGUGGACACAGAGAACAGAUGUUUGCAGUGAAGCAGCCUGGAGAGGAGGCAGUGACAGGUGCCGCGUGCCAGGGUGGACUUGGAGGUGUGGAGGAGAGCUGAGGAUCAUGGGUAAAUCAAACAGCAAGCUUAAACCAGAGGUGGUGGAGGAGUUGACAAGGAAAACCUACUUUACAGAGAAAGAGGUGCAGCAGUGGUACAAAGGCUUCAUCAAAGAUUGUCCCAGUGGGCAGCUGGAUGCUGUGGGCUUUCAGAAGAUUUACAAGCAGUUUUUUCCAUUUGGAGAUCCCACAAAGUUUGCCUCCUUUGUCUUCAAUGUCUUUGAUGAAAAUAAGGAUGGACGCAUUGAGUUCUCCGAGUUCAUACAGGCCUUGUCAGUGACUUCCCGGGGGACCCUUGACGAAAAGCUGAGAUGGGCUUUUAAACUGUAUGACCUCGAUAAUGAUGGCUACAUCACCCGAGAUGAGAUGCUGAACAUUGUAGAUGCCAUUUAUCAGAUGGUGGGAAACACUGUGGAGCUGCCGGAAGAAGAAAACACACCAGAGAAGCGAGUGGACCGUAUAUUUGCAAUGAUGGACAAGAACGCAGAUGGGAAGCUGACUCUGCAGGAGUUUCAGGAGGGUUCAAAGGCAGACCCUUCUAUUGUUCAGGCAUUGUCUCUCUAUGAUGGACUUGUGUAGGAAUGUAAGUUUGUUUCUAUGAAUUAUUCAAAUGGCCCACUUGUUUGCUGGCAAUCAAACGGUCCUUAAGUGCUGAGUGAAGAGCGACACAGCCUUCUCUGCUCCCACCGCUCAACGCAAAGCACCGCACGCUGCCAAUUGUUGCUGACAUCCUGCUCGGCGUUUUGUCAACUGUGAAGUGAGCUCAUAAGGACAUAUUUUAGGGAUGCAGUGGCUCUGUUUGGGGAUGCAUCUUGCAUGAACACACCUGCAGCCACGACACCACGUACUAUCAUCUGUUCAUUGGCCGUCGCUCUCACGCCUCCCCAGAUGGAUUCAUCUUUGCAUCCGCACGCCGAUCCAACGCACGCCAUCCCACCUGCCAGGGGAGGAAGCCACAUUCAAUGCGCUUCACCCGGAUUUGGACCCGCGAACUUUCCGUUGCACGGCCGCCGGGCAUCCGUGUCAAGUAGCUGUCAAUCUGCAUUUUCUCUUCGGAUUAUGAACCGAUGUAUCCUCUGGCGUGGCGGGGAAGUCAAACGUGUUUAGCAAAACCCUCAUUUAUCCGUGCCUGCACCCUCGUGUGUCGUGGACUGUGUACGAGCGUUUACGCGACAGCGCAGUGUCGUGGCUAAAGAGUCGAAAUCCCCCCCGAAGAUGUUAGUGUUUGCGUCUUGUUCACUUACUGUAAACCAGGGGAUGCACAUGAACCGCUCAGAGGAACUGGGCUGCUGCCUCGAGAAAACUGGCAAAAAAUGUGAGAAUUGGUGAAAAUGUGAACUAUGACUUAAAGUUACAAAGCAGUGUGUACAUUGUAUAAUGUAAAUAGAAUGCUAAUUUAUUUUCCCGCUUUGCUGCGUUUAUGGGAAUUUCCUCAUGAGAACGGAAUGGAGUUUCAUUUUUUUUAUCAAAGGUGUUGAAAUGUAUUAUUGCACUGUAUUUUUCCUUAUUGUUGGAAUGUUUUUCUCGCACACUGAGGUUUCCUUUCCCAGAGAGAAGAGGUUUUUAUUUGAAAAAGAGUGUUGGAGGAGCGCGGAGGUUUUUCUAUGGAUCAUUUUACUACGUUUGCAGUCUCUGCAUGCCAUUGUGUUUUCACUUCCUCGUUAGCACCAGCGGCUGGUGUCUGCCGCCUUGCACAGCCGCCGCAUCCUGAACGACGUGACCGAGCAACACAGCGAAUACCCACAGCUUGCAUCAAAAGCCGACGCUCAUUAUUCCUUUAGAGAGCAUCGAACUCCACCCUCAGCCGGUGCACACCAGACCCUGAUCGUUGAGGGGCACAAACAGACGACGGUUCGGGUUGUAAAGCUUCUUUGCGAGCUCUGUGGCUUUUAUUUGUCCUGUGUGAGGCCAGAGCAUGUAACAAUGACAAUUUUUUUCCUGUAUUUUCUUUUGGUUUCAGCAUUAAGAUGUUUUAUCAGCUUCAGUUUUUCGCCUUAUGCAAAUGGUAAUUUACUGAAUGAUUAAUGUCAUUAACCUGUUGAUUAACAGUAUAAGAAGAGCACAGAAUAAAAUGCAUUUAAGUGGCA